UUUUGAUCUACUGUCACAAGCUUAACCUAAUUCUCCCUGAGUUUGUAAGUUGUAACAAACGUUUAAAAUUCAUCAGAGUGAAAACCCUAAAACAUUGAAUUAUAAUCACGAUAACCGAACUUGACAAGCCAUAAAUCCUUAUCAAUGGAAGAGAACAAGGAGCAAAAUCCCAAGCCUUCCAAAUUACGAUGGAAAAUUCUUCGGCAGGCUGUUCUUUCUGCUCCUAGUUCGAAUUCCGAAUCACAGGAAAUCAUCAAUCAAAUAUCCAGAAAAGGAAAAGGAAAUCAGAGCUUUGAUUUGAUCCCAUGUCAUCUUCACCCAAUUUCUUCAGAGGAUUCUAGAAGAGAUGUUUGUUAUUCUUACUCUUUACCCACUUCAAUUUAUCCUAAUCUCUGUUUAUUUCAAAGGAGAGACAACAGUGCUAGUAUCAAUGAUUUUGAAAUCUGCAACAAGUACGAGAUUGACAACACUGGCCUUGUGUGUCCGUGGCCUUCAGAGGAGGUCCUUUCAUAUUAUUGCUUGUCUCACGCAGACAUGUUCAGGUCUAAAACAGUUAUUGAGUUAGGUGCAGGAUAUGGAUUAGCAGGCUUAGUUAUUGCUGCUGUCUCUGAGGCUUCUGAAGUUGUGGUGUCAGAUGGAAAUCCACAAGUAGUUGAAUAUAUUCAGCGAAGUAUCAUUGCCAAUCCUGGAGCUUUUGGGGAUACUAUGGUGAAGUCCAAAUUAUUGCACUGGAAUCAAGAAGAGAUUGUGACAUUAUCCCAUAAAUUUGACGUGAUUGUUGCGAGUGAUUGUACGUUCUUCAAGGAAUUUCAUAAAGGCCUAGUUCGAACUGUGAAAUUGUUGUUGAAAGAUUCAGGCACUUCUGAAGCUAUAUUUUUCAGCCCCAAAAGGGGGGACUCAUUGGACAAAUUUCUGGUUGAAAUAGAGAAAAGUGGCUUGCAUUACUGCAUAACAGAAAAAUAUGACGAGAGAGUUUGGAAGCGUCACCAAGAACUUAUGAAGGACCAUCAAUCCUGGCCAAACUACGAGGCAGACCACUGCUACCCCUUGUUGCUAAAAAUUUCACGGUGACGUAUCGGUACCAUUCUUGAUGGAUCAAAGCGAAAUGACAUUUUUUCCGAUCAUGGUCCAUGGACGACGAUUAUUGGAGGAAUUUAAGUUGGGCAGUCAGGGUGCUUGGAGACUUUCCAGCAGAUAAGAGUUGUCUGCCUCAAAAAGAACGGUCAUUGGUAAUUAGCCAAAGAUAUUAAGCCAUUAAUCUUUAUGAAUGGAGCAUUAUUGCCUAAUUUUUACUGUAAUUGGAUGGAAUUAGAUUCUUUGUAAUGAAAGCAACAAGGAUACAAAAAAUUCUUUUUUUUUUUUAUUGUGAUUUUGACAUUUUACCUCUCAUUCUGUGUUUCUCUAUUUCCCCUUCGUUCUUGGUGAUUUUAUACUUCUUUGGAGUGAAUGCAACAUACGCCGUGUCUGACCCGGCCCGACCUAACUUCAUACAAAUAUAUCGAGAUAAAUUUUUUAUUUUUAUUUAUGAGUCGACUUGAUUAGAUCUGUUGAUCUGCAAGUUUGGGGCUUGUUCUCAUAAAUUGAUUUGGUUUAGUCUAGCUUAUAAUCUUAACGCCCCGUUUGUUAGGUAGUAAUAAACGGUGGUAAUAGUUAAGAAAAAUUAGUAUGGUUGAAAAAUCUCUUUCGUAUCUUGAUGGUCAUGCUUAUCCAA